UCUUAUAUAUUGUUAUUUUGAGUUUAUUUUACGUUUAUUUUGAAUAAUGUAGAUAGAAUAAGAGCAUGCAAAUCGGAUGAAAUAAAUUCAUAAAUAAUUUUAUUUUAUUGACACCUUAAAUAACGAAGUGAACGUAAUUGAAACGACUGCAUGAGAAGGGACACAGAUGAACAUGGACAAGUGUUCAGAUGAAUUCCCAACAACUGAUGUAUUUUAUAGUGAAAUAUCCGAGGAUGUCCCAACCAUCGUAUCUCUAGCAAUAGCAAGCGUGCUGGCAAUUUCAAGCAUAGCAAUCUACGUUGAGGAGUUAUUUUUCAUCCAUAAACAUUAUCAAACAGGCGACCAACGAGCAUGGAAGAUUACAGUUCUGCUUGGACUUUACCCGGUCAUUUGCAUAAUGUCCCUUAUUGCUGUGAUGGUUCCUACAAGUUUUACUCUAAUGGCUCUAAUAACGGCAUGCUACAUAUCGUUUUGUAUAUAUAUCUUUAUCAUGAUGACGAUUGAAUGUUAUGGAGGACCAGACAAGAUGAUUGAAACAUUAGCAAACGACAAGGUGGCUCUUGCUACUCCGCCAUGCUGCUGUUUCCUAUUCUGUAUACUAAAGCCUAUUAAAUUAACACGCAAGUCAUUAAAGAUGUUUGAAGUACUCGCCAUGCAGGUGAUGGUUGUUCGCCCUGUAGUGUUGUUCAUUGCUGCUGUAUUGUGGACCGAUGGGAGAUAUAAUGUUAAAGUUAGCGUUGACGAACCGUAUGUUUAUAUCACCGUUGUUUCCACUAUCAGCACGUUGUUGUCAAUGUAUGGCCUGAUUGUGAUAUUCGGGGCGUCUCGGCUGCACCUAAAACACUAUCAUCUGACACUGAAGUUCAUAUCACUACAAGUAGUUAUAAUUCUCGUCGAAUUACAGCGACUUGUUUUUAGCAUACUCGCAGAGAGAGAUAUCCCAGAAUGCAUUGGCUCGCGAGGGUCUCGGGUCAGAGGUGAAAGUCUGUAUAAUGCAUUGCUGGUUGUGGAGACGUUCAUCAUGUGUCUCUUGGCUAGAAAAGGUUACAGAACGCAAUCUUCAGACAGUGACGAAAAACUUGAAAAUAUAUUUGUCGCCACCAUCAACACUGAAACACAUGAUGCAAGAGCAAACCAAAUUUUGUGAAAAUUAUGCAUCAAGUAAAAAUAUUUUAUAUAUUAUACUGCAUAUUGUUGCUACCCUUUUCUUACUGUAUGCAUUAUUAUUUGUCUUGUAAUUCGCUUUUACAAGGUGCUUUACAUAUAGCAGACGCAGCCACAUAGGGCGCGAAAUUCAUCCUCUACUAGUACAGAUACAGAGCGAUCUGACCAGAGGGACAGAGUGAGAUAAAGCCAGAGAGAAUGUUUUAGAUACAGACGUGUCCGGCCUAAUGAUAUGCAGAUGUUAUAACACUCAGAUGAUACCAUGGCAACGAACUUCAAAUGUCUGUAAAAUGAAAAUCUCUAACUCUGCCUUGAAUAAAUCUCGAACUAUCUCCCUUUUAUACCUUUCAACGAUUUACCUGACCUCCAGAAAGGAACUUGAAAACUAAUCACAGAAACAGAUAUCAAUGAAUGAAAGAGCAAAUCACUGGAACUGUAUCUGGAUCAUUAUUCUAACUAUCCAGCAGUGUAAUUAGGUCUGGAAAAUUUCAAUUUAUUUUCUGUUUUGCGCUUCAUUUUUGUCCGGGCAACAACCAGUAAAACUUGAGAGAUGCAGAAUGUGUUGAGCACCAGAAAAAACUUAUAUAAUACACAAUCAUCGUUAAUUUAAUACUUUUUAACAAUAUUAUAUGUACAGCAUAAGUCUUAAUCUCAUCACAUGUUCUCUUGUAAGAAUGUUUUCUAGAAUAUGCCUUGUUGCAAUAAAAAUUUAAAAGUGUAUUCUUUGAUUUAGUAAAUAAUUGCCCUUCCGUGGAAAUAUUGAAACUAUUUUCUUCACAUUACAACAAUCAUUACAAAGGAGACCAAACAUAUUAAUGACUUGAUAAGAAAUAGAUGACGUAUGACAGUUUCAAUCCAUAAAAUAUGUUUGUGCUAAAAUGAUUUAGUAGUAUCAUUAUCAAUUUAUCAAUGAAAAGUUUGUCUGUUGAAGUACUUUUCCUAGUUAUGUUUAAUGGAUAUUUCAAAAUGAUUGAUCUAUAUCAGGCUAGGCAAGUCUGGGAAGCAUUUUGCAUAAAACGGCUCACCGCAAGUCUGGUAUGCUUUCUACGUUUAUGAUAACAUCCAUAUUCUUUAUAUACAUCAUAAAGCUUUCACACAGCGGUCUUAGAUUUAUAUGUUUUAAAUACAAAAUUGUUAGAAUUAAUUAAUUUAUAUAAUAUAAUUUCAAAUGUCUUACUGUAUACUACUUGGUUACGUUUUGUGCUAUCAGUUUGUUAAAGGUAAUGUUGUUAUCAUUGUUGUUGUUGUUGUUUUUAUUGUUAUAAGUUAAUAUAUUCUUAUAGUACAUGGCUGUAUUCUAUUGUUUCUCUGAUUGGCUGAAAACGGUUCGAAAAGUAAUGAGUACAUAUCAUAUCAACUUAUCUUGGGUUAUGAAUAGUACGAAAAUAAAAAUAGAUCGAAGUAGGUGCUUCGGCUCGGUGAAUAUCAAUCUAUGAAAAAGUCGAUAAUUUUAUACAAUUAACGGUGUAGUAUUUUCGAUGAUGUUCUUUACUCUUAUUCUAAUUUUUGUUCCAAUCUGAAACUGCAAACACAAAGAGCGAUAACAAAUGACUACGUUCAUGCUAGUUCAAACACAAGGUCUCUAAAAGGCCACUGAUACUCUAACAUUUAUUUUCAAGCCGAUCUCAAAAUAUUGACAAGACCACUCGAUGAUAAGGUCUUUGAGAAGAGCAGACUGGAAACACAAGUGGGUAGGGUGAUUAUCUGAAUUGUUUCAAAAUGAUAGAAAAUAGAUGAACGUUUUGUAUAUAAAUAAAUAAAGAGGCACAAGUUAAUUGUUGAGUUUUAUUCGGAAAAUAGGAAUUUAAGAAAGCGAUAAAUUCACAUAUUUGGUUCUGUUAUUUGCUUUUUGCAAUACUGCAUUACAAACGGAAACCAAAAUAUUUGCACAAUGUAGUAUCAUUAUAUGAUUAUUUCUUUUUUCAUCUGUUUUUCAAUAAUACGAUGCUGAAGUUUAGAAAAAAAUGCAUUUUGACUUUUUAACACUAUUUCUGUGUGAAAGUUUGAGA